AUUACGUCUUAUUGGUGUUUAGUGUUUUACAAUGUAACAAGUACACGUAUGGGAAAUUGGGAAUAUAUGAUGUCUGCAUGUGACUGGGCCAGAAGCCCAUUAUUCUCUUGGGCCCAACGAACACACUUAUUUAUUUUAAUCGGAUUCUAUUCUACCAUAUGCAGUCUCAUUGUAUUAAAUUACGGUUUACGAACUCAACUUUUCAUUUUCCCAGAAAACCAAAAUACCGAACCACUGUCCUGCGAGCCAAAAGUAUCGGAAAACAAAACCUCCAUAGCCGCACCACGGGAAAGUUCCCCUUGCUCCUCUGUUUCAUGUUACCAACGCCAACGCCAACGCAUAAAGGUUUUCUUUCUGCGGUAGCAUAUUCGGUAAGUAAAGUAACCCACCCAGUUCGUUUUCCUUCCUGCUUCUUUUCUCCAAUUAUUCCCUUAUGAAUUGAUCCGUUUCCCAUAGCUUGCUUGUCUGCUGAAUGUUAUUCAAGUUGCAAAAUUUCUGGAUAAAGUUUUUUAUUAGAUUCGUGGACUUGAGAGAUGUUGUACGGACGUUUAAUGGGUCUUGGGUUGUUGUAAGCUCGGAGAUUGUGCAGCAGCUUAAUCCAUUUGUGUGACCUGGAUUUCGGGAUUUGGGACUCGCCGGAUUUGGGAUUCGCCGGAGUUCUCUCUCUGUGAGGAUUGGGGACUGUAGGGUGUAGCUGUGAUGGGUAAGCUGCUGUUGGGAAUUUGCUUGCUGGUUGCUGGAGAGCUGUUGUUUCUUCGAAACGUUUUCUGAUUUUGUUGGGAUUCAGUUCUGUUGAUUGAAGUGACCUUUUGGUUGGGGAUUGAGCUUUUGGGUACAUUUCUAUUCCGCCUUUGGAAUUUGCCCUAAGAAGAUUGAAUCUGUAGACAUAAUGGAUUUCUUAAACUCGAUCCCUUUGUCUACUACUACUUGUAUGUAUACAACCAUAGCAAUAGGAGGAGUAAGGAAUAGAAUCUUCUGCUGAAUAUGCUAAAGCUUGGACUUUAUAUCAGACAGCACAUUGAGCAGCUAUAGAAUUCUUUUUGUCUGGGAGGGAUUGCAAUUUUGACCCUGAGUGCUUGACCUAUCAAUAGUGUAUCUCCAUAGUACUGAUGAUCCUUCUCUUUCGUGUUUCUUCAAAAGUGUAGCUUCAUGGAUGAUCGUCGUGGAAAGCUGAAUAUCAUACCGGAUCACUUUCAAGUCUCAACUUCCGGUGAGGACACUCCACAAGCAGAAACUAAUCCCGUUUCCCAGCCAAGAGUUGAUAAUUUGGCUAGGCCCCAAAGUCUUUCCUGGUCGCCGAGAAAAUUGAAGACUGCUGCAUCUAUGUUGAGAAUGUUCAGUCUACGUGGCCUACCUUGGACCCCUGAUGGCCAGCAAAAGGUUCAGGUAACUGUUGCAGAGUUGGAAUCACUUCGCUCGGAGCUCGUCGAGGUAGAAGAAAGGGAAGCUUACUUAAAAGCUCAGUUGGAACAUGUUGAUGAAAUUUUGCGCACAGCUCGCCUCUCAGGCUAUUUAUACAUUAGAUCUAGAUGGGCAGCUUUACCUGGUGAGCCUCCUGUACUUGAUGAUAUUGAUAUCGACGAUUGGCUUCCUCGAUUUGUUGUCCUUCAUGGACAGUGUUUAUUCUUCUAUUUGUUGAGCACAGAUUUGAGUCCUCAAGAUUCAACUCUACUCGCCGAUGUUGUUGAAGUGGGUUCUCUACCGGAAGUUAGACGAGAAGAUGAUGAGAUAAGAUAUUCCUUCUAUGUUUUGACUCGUCAGGGCCUUCGGUUCGAGUGUUCCAGUGCUUCUAAAUUACAGGCGGACACAUGGUUAGAGGCACUAAAAACUGACUGCAAAUAUGGCUGUGGUGGUACAGAGGCUGUAAACGACUCUUCUGAAACCAAGAAUCAUACUGAAACUGACUGAACAUUGAACUUUGCAUAGGCUUAUUCAAUUGUACAUCUUUACUUCAGCUGAUAUGUGAUUGGAGCUUGUGGUUCCUCGCACUCAGCUUCCUUUUGUUCAUGUACAUAGAUUGACACACUCAUGUAACCCGGAAUUCAUUAUGUACUACUUUCCAGUUCUUGCUAGUUCAUCCAGGAGUUCAGUAAUUCAUUGUGCACCUUUCUCAGACCUACGGAGAUGGUAUUUCACUGCUUUAUAACUAAGACUCUGAAUUCAGAAGAACUAUGCUUUAUCGCAAAAAAAAAUUGAGCAGAUU